AUGUUUGGCAAGGAUGUAGAGCAGACGCCAACUCGGAGGCAGUCGUCACCUUGCCCCUCUGAAGGCAAUCCCGAGGACCCUCAGAACCUCCAUCACACUAUUUCAAAUACAAACGCCCCUCCGCCGGUCUUUGAUCCUGAAAGCUUCGACCCACCAGAUGGAGGGUUCACAGCUUGGUCCCAAGUUCUUGCUGGUGUCUUCAUCAAUUGCUUGGCAUGGGGCUACCCCGCCUCCUUUGGUGUAUACCAGCUUCAUUAUGAAGAAUCGCUUGGAUUGCCUUCGUCACAAAUCUCUUGGAUCGGUUCCUGCCAGACUUUCCUGACGUUCGCGUUCUGUGGCCCAGCCGGCCGUCUUGCCGAUGCUGGAUAUACCAGAGAGACUGUCGCCUUCGGAAGCUUCCUGGCUAUCUUGGGAACGUUCAUGACCAGCCUGUGUAAAGAGUAUUGGCAAAUAUUCAUCUCCCAGGGUGUCUGCACAGGUAUCGGCUUAGCCUUGCUAUUCAUGCCUGCUGUGACUGUUGUUGGUUCUUAUUUCAAAGCCAAGAAGGCAUUUGCUCUGGCGCUGGCUGCUACGGGCACUGGGCUGGGUUCCAUCAUUUUCCCUGCCACUCUCCAAUAUCUCAUUCCACAAAUCGGCUUCCCAUGGGCCGUCCGCUGUGCUGGUUUCGUCGCUUUCGUCUUGAUAGUUGCCGCAAAUCUCAUAUUAAAGCCGUACCUCGCUCCGAGAAAAUCAGGGCCCUUGAUAGAAUGGGAGGCCUUCAGGGAACUCCCCUAUUUAUUGUUCGUGCUGGGCGCGUUUCUGAACUUUUAUGCAUUAUACUUUGGUUUCUUUUAUAUCAAUGUUUAUGCUCGCAACGUAAUCGGGUUUACAGCAGUUGAAGCUGUCAGCUUGCUACUGAUUGUGAACGCAAUGAGUAUUCCUGCGCGGCCUAUAAUGGGAUACCUGGCAGACAAUAUCUUGGGACCGAUAAACGCAUUUCUUAUUGGGAUGACUGCACUCAGCGUCAUGGUGUACUGCUGGAUUGGCGUCAAGUCCGUCGCCGGUAUGUACGCUUUCUGCGUCUUCUUUGGAUUCGUGAACGGCGCGUGUCAGGGAACAUUUGUUGGUGCUAAUGCGAGCUUGACCAAAGAUCCUCGCAAGAUGGGUACUCGCUUCGGUAUGGUUCAGACGAUUUCUGCAUUUGCUAGUUUGGCUGGACCACCGACUGCUGGUGCCAUCCUGGAUAAAUCGAAUGGUAAUUUUGUAUAUGCACAGAUUUGGGGUGGUACUGUGUUUUUGUUUGGGGCUCUCAUGAUUGCUUCAUCUAGAGUUGCGUCAACCGGAUUUGUUCUGAUGAAAAAGAAAUAA